GUCUUUUAUUCUCCAAAAAAAAAUAAAAAAAAACCUCAAUUACAUAAUCUAUAAUUUGAGUGAAAAUUAGUAGUAUAUUUGAUAUUUGUAAAAACAUAUCAUUUUGGUUAACAAUGAUAUAUGAAUUGAAUGUACAAACAAACCAAAAUCUGAGAGGAGUGAUUCAUUUUUAUUUACUUACUCAAAAAUUUGACUCUUACAUCACUUACUAAUUUAACUCAUAAAUUUACCACGUCAAUUUACUCCUCAACUUUUUGAAUUACCUCUGCCUAUAAAUACGGUACAGGAAUAAAAUAGAGUACUCCGUACUACCAAUAAUAAACUGUAUUUUUUUAAUCUCUAAGUAUUAUAUUCAGACUUUACUAUCGCAUUUCGUGGUGGUUGCCUCGCCACGGAACACCCGUCCCCUUGUUCCGGUAACCAUUUCCGAUCACCUUCUUCCUCCUCCGGCUUACCCCUCCCAAUUCAUUCAUUCAUUUCUUUUUUCAAGUCACCUUUAUACGUUUUUCCACAUUCCUUUUCUACAUAAAUUUAAUACUUACUUGAUUCUAAACCAAAAAAAAUUUGAAAAAUUUUAUCAAUUUUGCGGCGCCAUCAUUAAUUUUUUCUGCCCUUGAUUUUAUUUGUAUUUUUUUUUUUAGUUUGGAGCUGUCUGUUAAUCCUAUCUGUUUGUUUGGUUUUGAAGGAGAAGGGGCUCUGAGUUGAGUUGACUUGGCGGAUCACAAGGAUGGGGGAGGAGCAGCUGCAGCAGCAGCAUCAACAAGAGGAGGAGGUUCAAGUGGUCACGGCGGAGGAGGAGGUGAAGAAACCUUCGAGGACUGAUUUGCAGAGACAGAGCUCCCAUCAAUUCAAUUACUUUCAUAAGUACAGGCUGUAUCGGACUCAUUCGAAUUUCUACAUGGUUGGGUAUGACAAGAGCAAAACCUUUUGGAAAGUUUUAAAAAUUGACAGGCUUGAGCCUUGCGAGCUGAACCUUUUUGAGGAUCCAACAACUUAUUCUCUGUACGAGUUCCAUGAUCUUUUCACGAGAAUUCAUAUCGGCAAUGAGCCUGUAGGUGGUCUAGAAUUUGUCACCACUUGUUAUGGCAUUGUUGGUUUUGUUAGGUUUUUGGGCCCUUAUCAUAUGAUACUUAUUACCAAAAGAAAGAAGGUUGGCAAGAUUUGUGGUCAUGCUGUGUACUCCAUCGCCAAGACCAUGAUGAUCCCAGUUCCCAAUUCUACUGUGCUGUCCAAUUUGGCUUAUUCUAAGAAUGAGAACAGAUAUAAGAAGCUCUUGUGCGCCGUGGAUCUCACAAAGGACUUCUAUUUCAGCUACACGUAUAACAUCAUGCUUAGUGUUCAAAAGAAUCUAGGCAAUCAUGAAAGUCUUGGUGAUCUUUAUGAAACAAUGUUUGUGUGGAACGAGUACUUAACUCGCGAGAUACGCAGUCAACUUCAGAAUACUAGAUGGACUGUAGCUUUGAUCUUUGGGUUUUUUGAACAGGUAAAAAUUUUAGAAUCGGGAAGGAGUUCCAUAUUGACACUUGUUGCUAGACGAUCUCGUCAUAAUGCUGGAACCAGGUUCUUAAGGCGAGGUGUAAAUGAAAAAGGUUAUGUUGCGAAUGAUGUGGAGACCGAACAAAUUGUGUAUGAAGAUGUUUGUGAUACGUGUUCAACGCCCAUCACUUCAAUUGUUCAAAAUAGGGGUUCAAUACCUCUUUUCUGGUCGCAGGAAACUUCACGACUCUACCUUAAACCAGACAUUAUACUGUCCAGAAAGGACCCCAGCUAUGAAGCUACGAGACGUCAUUUUGAAGAUCUAGCUGAAAGAUACGGCAAUCCAAUAAUUAUUAUGAAUUUGGUUAAGACAAAUGAGAAGAAGCCCAGGGAAUCAAUCCUCCGUGCCAAAUUCAUUGAUGCUAUUGAAUUUAUUAACAAGGACUUGCCGGGGAAGAAUCACUUGAAGUUCUUACACUGGGAUCUCAACAAAUCCUCCAAAGAGUGUCCAGGUGUAUUGGGGCGUAUUGUGGGUGUUGCCUCUAAUGCAUUGAAUCUAACAGGAUUUUUUUAUUGUGAAAAGGGACUUACCUUUUCAAGUGACGCACUGAUGAAUUCGUCGUACUUCGAGGAUAACACCCAGGAAGAAAUCAAUGAGACUAGGAGCACUACCCUUGAGGAAUUGGUAGGUGAAGUUGACCAUAAAAUUAGUGGCGAGAGUGGAUUUUUUAAUCAAAAGCCUGUGAUGUUCCAAAAUGGUGUCUUGAGAACAAAUUGCAUAGAUUGCUUGGAUCGCACAAACGCAGCUCAGUAUGCUUAUGGGCUAGUUGCUCUUGGCCGUCAACUCUAUGCUUUAGGAUUACUGGAUGAUUUCAACAUCAACCUCGAUUCUGCUCUAGCUGAGAAACUAAUGAAAUUGUAUGAAGAGAUGGGAGACACUCUUGCCUUACAGUAUGGUGGUUCUACUGCCCAUAAGAAGAUAUUCUCAGAGAAAAGAGGUCACUGGAAAGCAGCUACGCAGUCCCAUGAAUUUCUUAGAACUCUUCAACGAUACUAUAGUAAUGCCUAUAUGGAUGCCCAGAAACAAGAUGCAAUUGAUGUGUUUUUGGGAAAUUUUAGGCCGCAGCAUGGGAAACCAGCCCUGUGGGAACCUCACUCUGGUCCUUACGAUCUUGGGGCACAUAUUUCUGAUUUUGCAGAUGAAAUUUCAAGAUUCAUGAAGCGAUCUUUGUCAGAUGGGAGUAUCCUUUGCCAGAGUAAGUCUGUCGAAGACCCUAAUGUUGAACUGGACCAAGAUGAUUUGCAAAGUGGUAGGGGUCUCUUAGGGUCCACCUCAGAGAUUGCAGUUUGUGAAAGUGAAGACUUUUCCAGGCAUACUCCAUCAGUAUCUUGCAAGCAUAUGUAUCCGAUUUCAGAGCCAGGCAUUGAGAGCGAUGUCAUGUGUGUUGAUGGGCGGGAUACAUUAGAUUUCUCUAAUUUUAUGGACAUUGACUUGCUAUCUUCUUCUGGAAAUUCUAUUGAGGAUGAGACGUACGAAGGAUCGACUCUCAUCAGUGCUUCCUCCAGUGACUUUGCAACCUACGCCAAUGCAAACCAAUUUAAGGAUGAAAGAAACUCUUCAGCUUAUGCAUCAAGUUCUGGCUUCAAGGGGGGGCAGCAAAGUUCAUCUCAGAUUCAGGUUGGUGCUGAGCUCAUGGAAAACUACUCUGAGAAAUUCAUCAGUUGGAUCGAUGGGGAUAUGUUCUUCUGA